AUGCCACCACCAUACCCCCUUCCCGCGCGCACCACAAUCCCUCUAGUGACCGCCGCAGCUACCGCCCUACAAAUCCGCCCCGACGGCCAAGGAGCCUUCUUCAUGCUCUGCUGGCGCUUCAUCAACAGCCACCCGCACCUCAACAUCCCCUGGCUCCAAUACGAAAUCCACCCCAACAUGUCCAAAAUCCCCCGCAGUCUCGCGGCGCUCAUCGGACAUUUUCUUCAAAAAUGGGGAGCCUGGAUUUGGCCUGAUAUAGGACGCGAUCACCUCACGACGACGGGGGAUUCGCUGUACUACUCCCGCGAUGGACAAGCUACAUUACAAUGUAUCUUGGAUUGGAAUGUUGCGUUUCCGGAGGAUGUUUUGGGGGUUCCGCCAAUUGAGGAACAAGUUGGAUUUUCGACGCUGGGAAAGGCUUGUGUGGGGUAUUUUGUGGGGAUUAUUCAUUUGUCGUUGGAUAAUGAACAGCAUUUGUUGGCGAGGGGGUUUCCGAAUGAGCAUAUGCUUUGGUUGGAGAUUGCGAAUGCUCGGGCGGGUUGA